GGGGGGGGGGGUACGGGGAACGUGGAGCAUCGGCCCUCUCAUCUUGUGUAACGAUUACUGUUAAUAGAUUUACGGACAACGUUCUUCAUUUUGUUGCCACCCCCCGGUGCCUUGGUUAGUCUGGGAGGCCGAGGCCGGGCCCGCAGCCACCUCCACUCACGAUGCUCUUCCCCGCGGAUGUCGGCUUAGACCUGGUGCGGAGCAAAAUCAAAAGCCUCACCGAGUUCCUGGACGUUUACCUCAAGAUAGCAAACGUGCACACAGUCGAUUUUUACACCAACGACGUUUGGAAUCAGUUCGUGGCCCUGCCGCCUGAAGCUGUCAUGUCGCAGCUCCUCUGUCAGCAGGGGGGCCGGACUGCACCGGAAAAAAUCGAUGCCUCGGUAUGGGAUGAGUCUGAAAAACUUAGAGAUGUGGCUGCUUACAAGAGAGUUACUCAGGAUCACUCCCUGCCAAACCUUGGAGUAUGCACAUCACUGAAUGACCUGCUACAGGAGAUGUGGGGAAAUAAGCAAAAAGAUGUAUUCUUAAAACCCAGCACAUUUAUGAGUUCAAAGAAGUCCCAUGAGGUUGAGUUGAUGUCUGAAGUCAUUGUAUCGUUUGCCAAAUAUUGCAGUAUUCAACAGGUAAUUGAUAUCGGAUCAGGAAAGGGAUAUUUGAGUUCUUACUUGUCCAUGCAGUAUGGUUUGAAUGUGUAUGGCAUAGAUUCUUCUAGUACCAACACGAGUGGGGCAAAUGAAAGGAACAGAAAAUUAAAAAGAUAUUGGAAGGUUUACCAACGUCAAACAAAGCGUCAGAACCAACACAACGCUGCACCACAAAAUCUGGAAGAAGAACCAACAAAUAAAAUGGAGAGUUUUGAGGAAGCCAAGGAACAAAUUAGCCUUGGUGGGGAGCAAGAGAAUAGUCCACAAAAUCAAUCAAGCCAUAUACAAACUCCUGUGAUGGAUACUUCCUUAGAUUUAGAGACCAGCGAGAGAAGUAACAAUGUUGUAUCUACACAGUUUGUGGGAUCAAUAGAAAAUGAAUUUGAUGGUACUGACAAUCUGUUUCUGGAAUUUCUGUCAACUGAUGCAGUGGAAAUGAAUUCACUGUCAAGGAAAAAAAGAGAUCUUGAUGAUAAAGAGAAAGAGAGAAGGAAAACUGCAGGUUUGGAUGCGAAAGCAAAACAAAUCAAAGAAGCUAAUCUCUACUCUCCAUUAACACUGCAUAUUACUUCUACAACUGAACUCCAAGACAUCAUUUCUGACAUAAAGGACUCUAUGCUGGUCGGUCUGCACACUUGUGGUGAUCUUGCCUCGGAUAUUUUGCGCAUCUUCGUUACUAAACAGGAGCUUAAAGUUGUUUGCAGUGUGGGCUGUUGCUACCAUCUUCUCUCAGAAGAGUUUGAAUUGUCAGAUGACAGCAAAGUGGAAGACACCAGCAGCAUACCAGAACUUCAGGAGUCAAGGGGUAGAGAAUGCUGUCAUGGGCCAUGGGGAUUUCCUAUGAGCCAGUAUUUGAGAAGCAGUAUCUGGUGUUGUGGACGGAAUGCUAGAAUGUCUGCAUGUCUGCCAUUGGAAAGAGUGACAUUUGGCCAGGGGCUUCCUUCCGAAUCCUUAUUUUAUCGUGCAGUUCUGCAAGUUAUUAUCAAAGAGCAUUUUGGAAAUGGAAAGGCAUAUACCACACUGCAAAGAACAAAAAACAAAAACGUUGGCAAGAUAUAUUCUAAGUCUUCAUCCUUUGUGGAUUACAUCAGAAAAUCAGUAGAAAAGCUGGGAAUGGAUAAUUCAAAGAUGUCAGACAGUUUAAUACAAGGCUAUUAUGACAGAUACAUGCCCCGAAUGAAAGAGUUGGAAGCAUUUAACCUGCUGAAGGUAGCCUUAUCCCCUUGUAUAGAGGGUUUGAUUCUCUUGGACCGGCUUUGCUACCUCAAAGAACAGGCAAAUGUAGCAUGGUCAGCAUUAGUACAGCUGUUUGAUCCCCUGAAGUCCCCAAGAUGUUAUGCGGUAAUUGGCGUGAAGAAGUAGCAUUGCUCCAAGUUCACAUACCAUAUUUUUGAUACAAGUUUGAUUUCAAGAUUUUUACUUUAUCCAUUCCUGUACAAACUAAAUUUAUGAUUUUAGGGGGUGUGAAGUUUCCAGUUUAAUGUUACAUUUUUAAACAGUUGAAUACAAAUUUUGCACACAUAAGUUGUUGAAUA